UGAAGAAGAAGAAACAUCAAUCGAUUAAUGACGUUGUUGAAAACAUCAUGGGUAGGGGGUCACAGUGGGGGGAUGGGAGAUGAUCAUUCGGGUGACAUUGAUGCCAUUUCGAGAGAUGAACGUCUCUCGUCCGUCCACAGCAUCCGUAGCGGUAUCCUUCCUUCCCUCGGUGCUCAAUCUACUCGCUAUGUCAAACUCCGUCCCUUCACCAUUAACCCUUUACAUCGUCGUUACAGACUUUGGCAGGGAUUUCUAGUAAUGCUUGUGUUUUAUGUAGCAUGGGUUUCACCAUUCGAGUUUGGAUUCUUGGAUGAACCAGACCGUCCUCUCGCUAUAACUGAUAAUGUUGUCAAUGGAUUUUUUGCAAUUGACAUUGUUUUAACCUUCUUUGUGGCAUACCUAGAUAAAAUUAGUUACCUACUUAUUGAUGAUCGACGGUUGAUUGCGUGGAGGUAUUUAAGAACAUGGUUUGUAUUUGAUGUCAUAUCCACAAUUCCUUCUGAAAUUGGUCGGAGGAUGUUGCCCGAAUCCCUCCAACCUUAUGGCUACUUCAAUAUGCUUAGACUUUGGCGCCUUCGAAGAGUUGGUGAUAUGUUUGCAAGAUUGGAGAAAGAUCGUAACUACAGCUAUUUCUGGGUUCGAUUGGCCAAGCUUCUUUCUGUUACUCUCUUUACAGUUCACUUAUCUGCCUGCAUUUUGUAUCUUAUUGCCCACCGUUACAAGGAUCAACAACUUACAUGGUUUUCACUAUCCCCUACCGACAUAUAUAAAGAAAGUUUAACCAAACGUUAUAUAGUAUCAGUUUAUUGGACUACUACCACAAUCACCACUACUGGCUUCGGUGAUAUACAUGCUGUCAAUUGGAAGGAAAUGGUGUUCAGCUCCUGCUUCAUGCUCUUCAACAUGGGCUUGAGUGCCUAUUUUAUUGGAAACAUGACCACCUUAAUUGUUGAAAGAACUGGUCGCACAAGGAAGUUUAGAGAGACAAUUCAAGCUGCAUCAGGGUUUGCACAAAGGAACCACCUCCCUCCACGGCUACAAGAUCAGAUGCUUGCUCACUUAUGCUUGAAGUACCGAGCUGACUCAGAAUGGUUGCAGCAGCAAGAAAUUAUUGAUCUGCUGCCAAAAGCCAUUCAAUCAAGUAUUUCAAAUUUUCUCUUCUAUGGCCUGGUUGAUCAAGUAUAUCUAUUUAAUGGUGUAUCAAAUGACACACUGUUUCAACUGGUAUCCGAGAUGAGAGCCGAAUAUUUUCCACCCAAAGAAGAUGUGAUAUUACAAAAUGAAGCUCCUACAGACUUCUACAUUUUGGUGUCGGGUGCUGUGGAGUUAAUUUCUCGGAGAAGUGGAGUUGAGCAGGUUGUUAGAGAAUUAAAGACUGGAGAUGUGUGUGGUGAAAUAGGUGUGCUUUGUUAUAGGCCACAAAUAUUUUGUGUUCGUACAAAACGAUUGAGCCAGCUUCUAAGAUUAAAUCGCACUCAAUUUCGGAAUAUUAUACAGUCAAAUGUUGCAGAUGGCACAAUAAUCAUCAGCAAUCUUCUACAGCAUUUGAAAGAUAAAACAGACCCUAUAAUGGAAGCAGUAUUGGUAGAUACAGAAAAUAUGUUGUCUCAAGGAAGGAUGGAUGUGCCUCUUAGUUUAUGUUUUGCGGUAUCAAGAGGUGAUGAUGUAUUGCUACAUAAGUUGCUUAGACGAGGUGGUCUCGACGCAAAUGAGAUGGAUGGCAGUGGGCGGACAGUUUUGAAUCUUGCAGCGGCGAAAGGAAAUUUAGAAUGUGUGCUUUUACUUUUAGAUUAUGGAGCGGAUCCAAAUAAAAAAGAUUGUGAAGGAAAUGUUCCACUGUGGAGUGCAAUUAUCGGGAGAAAUGAAUCGAUAAUUAAAUUACUUGUAGACAAUAGUGCAACUUUAACUUCAGGUGAUGUAGGCGAGUAUGCUUCUUAUGCAGUGGAACAGAACAGCAUUGAUUUGCUGAAGGAUAUAAUCAAACAUCGUGGAGACGUGACAGUUCAAAACAGUAUGGGGACAACAGCACUACAUAAGGCCAUUUCAGAAGAGAAAACUGAAGUAGUCAAGUUUCUAAUCAAUCAAGGUGCCAAUAUUGACAUGCCAGAUGUUCAUGGGUGGACCCCUCGGGAUCUGGCAAAUCAUCAAGCACAUGAAGAUAUUCUAGAACUGUUUCAUAGUGUGCCUGCACCUAAAGAGAACCCCAUAAGCAGUAAAACCAAACUUGAUGGUGCAACAUAUAUUAAGAAGUACAAGAGCGAGCCCAGGAUGUCACAUAUGCCCCCAACUGAAAUGUCAAGGAUCUCAUCCGGUGGCAUGCAAGAGGUCAGGAAAAGGGCCGAUGACUUCAGUAACUCGCUAUUUGGGAUUGUGUCAUCUGCUAGCAGGAAACAAAGUGCGGAAUUGGGAUUCAUGAUAUCACCACUACCUAUGUUUGGCACGGGUGAGCGAACGCAUCAAAUUGCUAGAGUAACAAUUAGUUGUCCCGAGGUAAACAAUGAAGCAGGGAAACUAGUACGUCUUCCUGCAUCUUUGCAAGACCUAUUAGAUAUCAGUGCCCAAAAAUUUUCCAUUUAUCCGACAAAAGUUUUCACUAAAGAAGGAGCUCUUAUAGAAGAUAUACAAGUCAUUAGAGACGGGGAUCAUCUCAUUAUUGCUAGCGACAAUUGGGUCCGAAAGUAAACUUAAAAUGUACCGACUGACUGGCUUUCCAUGUUUGAAGCAACCAACAGGCACAUUGACCCUUGCUAGGAGUUCUUCAUGAUAUUUUCAUUUUUCACUUAUCAGGAAGAGAUCAUAUGGUAAACACGUGAACAAGAUAAAAUGCAUCUUGUCGAAAUUAUAGAUACGCACAUUAGAUAAGGAUUUGGGUUGGUUGUUUAGAUGAAGUUCUAGCUUACAA